UUCUUAUCAUGGGUUCGGUGAAUUCCUUGAACAUUUUUUUCUGUUGUUGCCAUUUUCUUCUACCAUUGUUUUCCAGAAUUGGCUUCCUCAUAAGAGCACCAAUAACAAUAUCAUGGUAUGUCUUUUCUAAGCAGGAGUUUCGCAAGGAUUGGUUGUCAAUAUUGAUGAUUGUCACAUCGGCUAGGUCAUCUAUAAACAUAAGACACUUGGAGAAAGCUACUGUCUCUACUGGAAAGAAAAGCUUACUGUCAGAAGGAAAUGCUGCAUACAAUUGGUCCAGAUGCGUUGAUGAAUUAGAGUCGCAAUUAUCAAAGCAUGGAACUCUAAAAAAGCUGUAUUUCUACCAUCAGCACCUUACAGUAGUCUUUCGGAACACCAUGUUCGGACCAGAAGGACGUCCUCAGCAUUGCUGUGCAUGGCUUGGUGUUACUAGUAGCUUUCCAGAGUGUGCUUCUCCAAUUGUUCCAGAAGAGGUAACGAAAAUUGGGCGAGAUGCAGUCCUAUAUGUUGAGUCUCUUAUUGAAUCUAUCAUUGGAGGAUUGGAGGGAUUAAUCAAUAGUCUUGAUUCUGAAGGAGGAUUUGGUGCCUUAGAGGCUCAGCUUCUUCCAGGGCAGGCUGCUUUUUAUUUGAAUGACACAUCCAGAGUUUCAAUUCCUACAUCAAAAUCUACCAAGGGAGGGGGAGCAGUUGGCUUUCCUUUGCCUGGCCAUGAGAGCUACCCUGAAAAUAAUAGUGCUAUAAAAAUGUAUGGAAUUUAACUUGUGCUGCUUUUCAUGGAUAAUCUGCAAUGAUACAACAUGUCUUGAUUCUUGAGUUUGUGUUGAUGGCAAGGUGGAAGCUGCGAUGCAAAGGUUGACCAACUUGUUUUCAGUUCAGAAAGAUAAGGAGCCUAUAUGUGUUCUUAACCAUAUACACGCCAAUUUAUCAGUUAGAGAUCUCCUAUACAAGAUGGAAAUGAAUAUACACACAAAGGAAAAUCGAUGAAAAGUAUUGCAUCGUUACUCACUGACCCUUACGCAAAGCUGAAUAUAUAUGAAACAUAUUAAUUUUGCAGAAUA